AUGGAUGUGUGCUCAAAGUUCAAAAAAGAAGUUUAUAGCGUCAAAUAUCAAGAUGGAGCCUAUCCAGAUCAAAAUGGAACAUGUUCUCAGCCUACUUAUGAUAAGGCGACCGAUGACACACGUGCUCUUAUAGAGCUCAACUGUACGCGAUGGCUUGUUGGAUUUGAUACAAAAACCGAAUUAACAAAUGAUUAUGAUGACCAAGUAAUACAAUGUGCAAUGAAUUGUGCAGCAAAUGGAAGGUUGAGCCAUUACCCAGAAUCAAAUUCCUCAUGUUAUACGCCAGCAGCGUAUGCAGGGUGUAGUACAUCAAAUCUUGCAGCAAGCUCUGGAUAUCUUAAUGCUGCAACAGCACUUCAGCAACUUAUUGAUGACCAAGGUGGUAAUAACUUAGAAGUAGGUCACAGAAGAUGGAUUUUAUACAGUGGCCUGACAAAAACUACAUUUGGAGGAGCCUACAAUUCAGAGGCAUUUUUAUCGAAUGCUGUAGCCCAAAAAGUUAUAUUUGAUGAUUCUGAAUCAGGUAAGCAAUUAACUUUUACAGCAUAUCCUCCACCUGGAUACUUCCCAGCACAGUUCGUAUACAGCAGAUUUAGUUUUUGGGCUCCUGGUAUUCCUUUGGGUGCUGAUGUGAACGUUACAGUUAAAAUCAACGAUGUUCCUCAAAACUUAAGCGAGUUUCAUAUAUUUACAGAAGGCGGCGUUGGAGAUUAUAGUGGAGGUGCAAUGUUUGCCAUGGAAAAGUAUCCAUAUAUUUCAGAUAUCGUUAACAAAAGAAUUGAUGUUCAAGUGACAUACAAAACUACAGUUUACGAUUACACUAUAUAUCCUAUUGACUGUAGUGAUAAACCAAUGCGAACUCCAGUUCCAACUGCCGAAGGUGACAAAUACAACAGUCAAGAUAUCGGAGAAGCUCCGAAAAAGCAGCGUCAAAAGAAAGUUGCCAUUGGUGCGGGUGUUGGUGUUAGCCUUGCUGUUAUCGUUAUCGUUGUUAUUGUCUUAUUUAUUGUUUUCCGUCAUGGUUGUUCAAUUAAUCACGACAACGACGAAACUAACAACAAUAACAAUGACAACAAUGACAACAACGACGAUCAGUCUAACAGCGGCGAAAACCAUCUUGAAGAUGCAUGA